AUGGCGCCCAAGGGCACAGUUGUUGUUGUCAGCACCAUGGCGGCUUUUACCACGCGCAUCAGAACCUCUAUGGCUGCAGAUGGGGGCUUCUGCUGCUGGGCCGCAGACGACCUCACGGAUUUCUGCGGCACUUGCUUGCCGAUGGCCAUCGCUGGGCCCACAAGUUAUUGCAGCAAGUCCCAGGCCGCGUGCGGUUCGUGUGGAUCGGCGACCUGGUGCGAGGAGAGCACAGAGAGUCACGAGGAGGUCAGUGCUGGAACCGAGCUAAUCCUCGGCUUCGAUGGCACGCAGGCGCUCGCCGAGGGCUCCGCCAUCAGCCUGCGAGUUGGCGGCAAGACCUACAACGUCACCGUGGUGGACUCUAGCUUCGAGGCGUUCCCGACGCCAGCUCCCACGCCGGCCCCAACGGCCGCGGCACCCGCACCAACGCCUGCGCCGGCGCUGGUCGCGGGCACGCUGGUGCCAAACGUGGAGGCCGUGCAGCAGCACGGCAGGCUGCGCGUCCAGGGCAACACCAUCGUCGGGGAGCACGGCAUGCCCGUGCGCCUGCGCGGCAUGUCCAUGUUCUGGUCGCAGUGGAUGGGCGACUACUGGAACCCCGAUACCAUCAGGUGGCUCAAGGAGGACUGGCACGUGUCCUUCAUCCGGGCCGCCAUGGGUGUCGAGCAGGGGGGCUACCUGGAGAACCCCGGCGCGGAGACGGCGAAGCUGCAGGCCGUUGUGGACGCCUGCAUCGACGCGGGCAUCUACGUAGUCAUCGACUGGCACGCCUACCACGGCGAAGACCACGUCGAGGAGGCGAAGGCCUUCUUCGGCGAAAUGGCCCAGAAGUACGGCGACAAGCCCCACGUGCUCUUCGAGACGUACAAUGAGCCUCAGCAGGUCGACUGGUCGGGCGUCAUCAAGCCGUACCACGAGCAGGUCGUCCCCGUGAUCCGCAAGCAUUCCGACAACAUCAUCAUCUUGGGCACCAGGACGUGGUCGCAGGAGGUGGACGUGGCCUCGCAGGACCCGGUCCAUGGCGACAACCUGGCUUACACGGUCCACUUCUACGCCGCCUCCAUGGGCGCCGACCUCCGGGGGAAGGUCUCGGCUGCCCUCGCAAACGGCGCCGCCAUCUUCGCGACCGAGUGGGGCACCUGCGAGUACACGGGCGAUGGCCGCCUGGACCUGGAGGAGUCCCAGGCGUGGCAGGACUUCAUGGAGGAGAACCACAUAUCGGACUCAAAUUGGGCCAUCAGCAACAAGGAGGAGUCGUGCUCCGCGCUGCGCGGCGGAGCCAGCGGGUCCGGCGGCUGGUCCGAGGGCGACCUGACGGAGUCUGGCAGCUGGGUGCGCAGGUCCAUCCGGGAGUACAACUCCGACGGGCCGCUGCAGGCCAGCGUCAGCGCGGCGAGCCCAGUCGCCUCCGGGGGGCAGCUCGAGAAGGUCGUCAUGAAGAAGCAUGCCAUGAUGCGCGGCCCUGUUCGGCUCCCGGGCGGCAGCAGCGGUGAAAGGCACGCAGCCGCGCUGGCUUCGCUGGCAGCGUGUGCAGGCGUCGCGCUGGCGCUGACAGCGUGGGCAGCGCGGGCCAGGCGCGCGGCAGGGGUGGCGCGGUUCCUGGCCGUGGACAGGCAGCCCCUGGACAUCCCGAGCGGUUCCGACGCCCUGCCGCAGGCUCAGUGA